AUGUAUGGUCAACGGGUCGCUCAAACAUUAUCUGAUUUAUCUUCGAAUAUGCAAAUCGAUAAACAAGCCUUGGGUCUAUUAUUAUUAUCUUGUGGCGCUCAUUUUUGUAAUGACUCGUCGGUCUAUCGUGACAAUUCGUUUGAGAAUAAAAUAGUGAUGUUCCAAGCAUUAGUUACGAGGCCAGCAUACGGAAAAACAAGUCUUUUUCGGCUCAUUCGAAAUGCCGCUCGAGAUGUGUUUCUUUUUGAUCCAGCAUUCAGCGGAAUCGAUUUGGGUAAGGAUGCGGAUGGUGACAAAAACUACAAUGUUAUUAACGAGUUUAGUGGGUCUGGUCUGCUCGAAGAAUUAAACAAAGUUCAAUCGCUAUGUAUAUUCGAUGAAGGAGAUGAUCAGCUAGAAAAAUUGAAUAUUAUUCAAAGCGAUAAAUCAAAUUCAGCAGUUAGUUGUCGUGGGUUGCUGUUAACAAUUCAUAGUGGUGAAGAUAAGCACACGAAGAUUACCAAAGGUCAGGGUCGACAAUCAACUCGAACAAAAAAACUAACGAUGACGUUUGGUUCGAAUGGCAAGAGUGUUCAAUCAUUAAUUGGUCAAAAGCUUGACCAACCAUUGUUCCCUGACAGCAUGGUAGAACGUAUUUUAUGGGAAGCACUUGCGACAAAAGUAAUGAAAACGGCCAAUCGAUUGAAAGUACUUCCAGAUGAAACGCUAGGCUUUAAUCAGAUAUUUUUGACCAUGUCACUCUGUGGAAAUUCCACAUAUAAAUUCGAAGACGAUGCUAACAAUUUAGUAAAUAAAUUUAUGGACGAACUGACAGAACUUGGUAAACAAAGUUUUCGGCUUAUGCUUGUAUGA